AAUUAUUCUGUGAUGUAAGAUUUAAAAAGUGAAAUGAAGUUUAAACCUAACUUUCAGUUCGAGUCCAUUGAUCUUCAUCUUCUUCUUCUCAAUCUUGAAUUUUAGCUAGUAGAAAUGGCAUUCUCAACAUCAUCAGCAUCUGAGGAGGAGUAUUAUAUGUUUGGUCCAUACAAAGUAUACCACAAAGAAGUUUUUCAUACAACUCAGCUCACCUUUGCUAUGGUUAAUCUUAGACCUCUUCUUCCCGGUCAUGUUCUAAUCUGUCCGAAGCGCGUAGUAAAGCGUUUCGUUGACUUAACUUCAGAAGAGGCAACUGAUCUGUGGCUCACUGCACAUAAGGUAGGCGGUACACUUGAAGAUCACUACCAAGCAUCCUCACUCACCUUUACCAUACAGGAUGGACCAGAGGCAGGACAGACGGUACCUCAUGUACACAUCCAUAUUCUUCCCCGGAGAGCUGGCGACUUAAUGAGAAGAAACGGGAAACAUGACCGUUUCUAUGAUGCUAUAGAUGAGAAGGAGAAGGAAUUAAAACAAGGUUUUGACUUGGAUAUCGUGAGGAAGGACAGAAGCUGGGAGGAAAGGACUCAAGAAGCUCAUGUAUUUCGAAAGCUUUUCCCAUAGAGAGGCUAUGCCAAGAUUAAACUACACUUGCUGGGAGUUGCGACUGAUGAGUACGUAUGGGAAGCUUAUGUUAAGCUCAAAAAUUGGAGAAGGUCUAAAUAAAUGAGCAAGAAUAGAGUUGCAAAUCUUUAUGUACUCACUAUGGCUCAUUAAUUAAAUUUCUGAUACAAAAA